AUGGGGGAGGAUGGAAUUCCGAACGAAGUGUUGAAGUACGGAGGGGAGAGGGUGGUGAAUAGCCUGAAGAGGAUGUGCGAGAAGGUGUGGAAGGGGGAAGGGUGGCCGGAAGGUUGGAAGGAAGGGAUAGUGGUGCCAGUAGUGAAGAAGGGCCAGGAGAAAACGGUAGAGGAAUAUAGGGGGGUGGCUCUAACGCAAACGGCGUAUAAGGUGUACGUAGGGAUACUGGCGGAAAGAUUGUGGAUGGAGGUGGAGGGGAAGGGGAUGAUGCCAAGGAGUCAGGCGGGAUUCAGGGAAGGUAUGGGAACAAUGGAUAACGUAUACGUACUGAACUAUUUGAUAAAUAGGGAAAUAACGGAAAGGAGGGGAAAGGUGGUGCUGUUGUUUGUAGAUUUGAAGGCGGCCUUCGACUCAGUGGAUAGGGCGAAGCUGGUGGAGAGUAUGAGGAAGAGAGUGGUAAGGGAGGGGCUAAUUGAGAGGUGCGAGGAGGUGAUGAAGGAGACGUAUGCGAGGGUGAAGGUGGGUGGGGGGAAAGGGGAUAAGUUUUGGACAGAGAAAGGAGUUAGGCAGGGGUGUCCGCUGAGCCCGCAGCUAUUCACGCUGUUGCUGGCGGUCAUGGAUGAAGAGCUGGAAAAAGGGCGGCGGGGAGGGGUGAAGCUGGGGGGUGGGGGGAAGGUAUAUUCGCUGGCGUAUGCGGAUGAUGUGGUGUUGUUGGCGAAGGAUGAGGACGAGAUGAAGGGGAUGAUGAGGACGUUGGAGAGGUACAUAGAGGGGAAAGGGCUGGAGGUGAAUACGGGAAAGACGAAGGUGAUGAGGUGUAGGGUGGGAGGGGGAAGAAAAAGAAAGGUGGUAUGGCAAUGGGGAGGAGUAAGAAUAGAAGAGGUGAAUAGGUAUGCGUACUUGGGUUAUGUGGUGAGAGCGAAUGGAAGUCAGGAGGAGCAGGUGGAGGAGAGGGUGAUGAAGGCGGCGAAGAUAAUGGGGAAGGUAUGGGGGAUAGGGAAAAAUAAGUUUGGUAGCGAUUGGGGAAGGAGAGUGUGGCUUUUCGAUAAGUUGGUGUGGCCAGUAGUGGGUUAUGGAGUGGAGAUUUGGGGGUGGAAGGGAAGGGAGAUAGUAGAGAGGCUGCUGGAAAGGUAUUUAAGAUGGGUGCUGGGGGUGUCGAGAGAGGUGGCGGGGUAUAUGGUGAGGGAGGAACUGCAAAGAGAUAAGCUGAAGGUGCGAUCGGGGAUGAGAGCAUGGGGAUACGAGAAGAGAUUGGAGACGGGGAAGGGGGGAGAAUUGGCGAGAAGAUGUAGGGGUGAGAUGAAGAGAAGGGCAGGAAGAAGGCAGGAAGCAGGAGGAUGGGAGAGUGAAAGGAAGGAGUUUUACUUAAGGAUGGGAUGGGAUCUGGAGGAGGUGGAGAGGAGAUGGCAGAGUGGGGAUAUGAAGCGGGAGAAUAUAGUGAGGGAGGAGAGAGUAAGGCAGGAGGAGGGGAGAUGGGAGAGGAUAAUUAAGUCAAGGAGUAACAGGGAUUACAAGUUUGUGAAGGAGAGAGGGAUCCCGAGAUAUUUAAAAAAGGGGUGGAAGGAGGAGAGAUGGGGGAGGGUAGCCAGGUUCAGGCUAGGGGACGAGAUGAGAGCGUACUGGGAGCAGAGGGAAGGGAGGGAGUGUAGGAUGUGCACGAGUAGCAGGGAGACAUGGGAGCACGUGAUGGAGGAAUGUACGGGAUGGGGGGCGGAGGAGGGUUGGCAAAGUAUGAGGGAAGAGGUGUUGGGAGGGGAGGGUCAAGGGGAGGAGUGGAUGAAGAAGAUUGAGGAGUGGAGAGGGUAG